CCUUACUACACUUCAUCAGCAUUUCAUUGCAGUACCACUACACAGCAAUGACUCUAAUGAAUCUUCCCCCCUCAAUGCUCUAUAUCUCUGUGUGUUUUAGUUUCCUCUAUUUCUGUUUAAAUCCCAACAAAAUUUUAUCAAAUGCUGAAAUCAUAAGAGAUGGCAAUAAUAAUGUUAAAGGAAUGUUUGUAUUUGGAAGCUCUUAUGUUGACAAUGGUAACAAUAACUUUCUUCCAACCUUAGCUAAAGCUGAUUACUUGCCUUAUGGCAUGGAUUUUGAAUCUGGCCCUUCCGGGAGGUUUACUAAUGGGGAAAAUGUUAUUGAUCUUCUCGGAGAAUAUUUUGGCCUUCCAGCAUUCAUUCCUCCUUUCCUUGAUCCAUCUACGAAUGUAAAUCAUUCAGACGUUGGUGUAAACUAUGCAUCUGGUGGCUCUGGCAUCCUCAAUAGUACUGGCACCAUAGCGGGAGUAGUGCUGAGCUUAAAUGAGCAAAUCAGAUUAUUUGAGGAAGUGACAUUGCCGAAUUUGAAGAACAGCAGCAGAGAGUCAUUAUCCAAGUACUUGUGUGUGAUUGGCAGCGGAGGAAAUGACUACACUCUGAAUUAUUUUCUGAACAUAUCACAAUCUAAUACAAGUGUUGAAGAAUUCACUGCCAUUCUCAUUAGUACCCUUUCUUCUCAGAUCAAGAAGCUGUACAGUUUGGGGCUAUCAAAAUUUGUACUAAUGUCAUUGUAUCCUCUGGGCUGCAGCCCCGUAAGCAUUGCUGCACAACAACCACCAUCAAAUGCCUGUGUUCAAUACCUUAACGACGCUGCUCAGUUAUUCAACUCGAACCUAAGAACAUUAAUAAACGACAUCAGGCCGCAAAUGCCAGGUUCAAACCUCAUUAUAGUCAAUGCAUACAACAUAAUUCAGGACAUCCUCGGAUUCCCUGCUUUAAAAGGUUUCACCAACACGACGAAACCUUGUUGCGAAGUGCCAUCGAGGGCACAAGGGGGCAACGGAAUUUCAUGCAAGAGAGGAGGAUCAACAUGCCAAGACAGGGACAAGUUUGUGUAUUUUGAUGCUCUGCAUCCAACAGAAGCUGUGAAUGUUAUAUUAGCCAAAAAAGCUUAUGCUUCCAUAUUAACAAGAGAAGUUUAUCCCUUCAAUGUGUGGAUUCUAGCACAAAUCUAGCAUUCAGUUAUCUGAUUUGUCCUGGAACUUGAUGGUGCUGCUUCAUGUAAUACUGUUGUAUCAAUAAUGUCACAAUGAUCUCCAAUGUGACAACUUCGUUUUAAAACAGAGUUAAAAUAAUGAUUU